AUGCAGUUCAACCUGUUCCACAUCCUCGGCGACGUCUCACACACGUCGUCGAAGCUGAUCCUGAUGUGGGCCAUGCACUCCAACAGCAGCUCCGAGGGCGUCUCGCUCAUCACGCAGGCCCUCUAUGCGCUCGUCUUCUGCACGCGCUACCUCGACAUCUUCACCACGAGCGGCACACGCGACGCCGCCCACAUCUGGAACUUCACCCUCAAGAUCUUCUACACGCUCUCCUCAUUCUACAUCAUCUUCCUGAUGACCAGCGUCUAUGCCCGCACCCGCGAGCGCGAGAAGGCCUGGAAGCUCGGCAUGUACUGUCUGCUAGGAGCCGUCGCCAUGGCACCCUUGUGGUACCUGGUCUUCUCCAGCCACGUCGUCGGCCACAGCACCUUCAUGAAGCUCCUUUGGGUCUUCUCCGAGAUCCUCGAGUCCGUCUGCAUCGUCCCGCAGCUGCUGCUCCUGCGCCAGACCACCGUGCCCACCGUCAUAGACUCGUACUACCUCGUCACCCUCGGCGCCUACCGCUUCCUCUACGUCCUGAACUGGAUCGUGCGCGGCGCCACCGAAAAAGGAUACCGCGACCCCACAAGCUGGGUCUGGGGCACCAUCCAGACCGCCCUGAUGGUUGACUUCGCCUGGGUCUACUACACUCGCCAGCGCGUCAAGUUGCGCCAGGGCGGCGUCGUUGACUCCGAGGAUCUGGGCCGGGGCUGGUUGGUUGGCCGACUGGCGGGCAUGGCACCCAAGAGCGCCGACAACUUCGACUACGACGAGGAGGCUGCGCCGCAGAGGACCUCGCAGCCGAACAAGUGGGGUCGCAGAGGCAUCAGCGUGUCUGCGGACGAGGGCGUGUUAGAUGCGCCGAAGCACAACGACGUGGGUCGCGAUUCGGAGACGCAGCCGCUGGCUGAUCCGGCUGCCUUUGAGGACGAUGAAAGUGAUGAUGAUGCGCCGGCCGCAGCCAGCUCGAGUACUACGCAUGCGCACGAGAGCGGUGUCAGGGGGGACGAGUGGGACGAAGAUGUUGACGAGGACGCGAAGGCACAUGAUGUGAAAUGAGCAUUUUGACGCCUUUCACCAUUGCUUCAGCGAGUUCGUUGCGUUUUGCGGCAUCGAACUAAGCGAAUGCCAUGCAUUACCUGUCCAUGAUCAUGUUUCUCGAAAGCCGUUUCAGCCGAAGAAAUGACAGGUUUCGAGUCAGCCAAGGCUACGCUCUAAUGA